AGCAGAUUAAGCUCACAUUCUCCCAGAGCUUCAAAAUGGCACUGUUGGCUCUCAACCAUGGCUGCUCUGGAUGUAUUUGCCUCUACCAUUUCCAUCUGUUCUUUCUCUUCUUCUCCCAAAUCUCUCUUGCCAGUGAAAACUCCUCUUUUCAUUAAACUCCAUUGUUGCUUUUCGGCUCCUGUUCGUUCUUUCAAUUCUCCCAUUCUUCCUCUUCUUUCGAACAAAAAUAUCCAUUUCGAACUAUACUCAGCUGUACAAGAAGAAAUCACGGUAGAAGAAAACCAAGAGCAAACCCAACAAGAACAAAGGAAAAAACUCUACGUUGCUAACCUUCCUUGGAGUUUAUCUGUGGCUGAUAUUAAAAAUCUCUUUGGUGAAUGCGGCACUGUUGAAGAUGUCGAGAUUAUUAAGCAAAAGGAUGGGAGAAACAAGGGAUUCGCCUUCGUCACAAUGGCUUCUGGGGAAGAAGCAUGUGCUGUCGUUGAUAAAUUUGAUUCUUCUGAAUUGUCAGGAAGGACUAUUAGGUUGGAAUUUGCAAAGAGAUUGAAGAAACCUUCUCCUUCUCCUCCUGCAGAUGCUCUUGCAAGAGAAACACGCCAUAAGAUUUAUGUCUCCAACCUUGCAUGGAAAGCAAGAUCUAGCCAUCUAAGAGAAUUCUUCUCUGCCACUUCCAAACUGGUUUCAGCUAGGGUGGUAUUUGACAGCCCAGCAGGUACAUCUGCUGGCUAUGGUUUUGUCUCCUUUGCCACAAGGGAGGAUGCCGAGUCUGCUAUUUCUGCUUUAGAUGGAAAGGAAUUGUUGGGCCGGCCUGUUCGUUUGAAACUUAGUAAAAAGAAUGCUGAUGAAUCUGGUGAGGAAUCAGAAGAAAAAGAUGAUGUGAAGGAAGGGAAACUAGAAGAGACGGACAAUGUCAGUGAAGGGCAACCAGAAGAGCCGUAGAUGGAAAGACUAGGCCAUUGUUGUCUUGACAUGUGGGUUUCUUCAGUUAGAGAGGGGGGAGUAGCAGAUGGGGCUCUCUUUUAACUCAUGCAUUCAGCACAGAGAAGGGAAGACGUUUUCCAUAUUCAGUAUAUUAUGUUUGUUAGAUCUGCUGCUUUGCCUCUUCAGCGAAUAUUGUUGAUAAGCCAUUACUCUGAUGAAGUUAAUAGUAGUUGUAUUCAAGUUU